GCAGAAAUCAGCCACCUGAUGUCGAUCGUCAUUGUAAGAGCAAAUUCUCAAGGAGAAGGUGAAACCAUAGCGAAAGUCUCACCUUUCGAUCAAGCAGCAGCAGGAGAGGGUACUUACGUCAGUCUAUUACAGGUAAAUGGUAGUGUAUUCAAAGCAGCGGUCAAUGGUGAACUUGGGUACCUUAGUGUUAUUUGGACAGCCCCGCUUGAGGACCAGGUCGGGACCUAUGCGUGUGAGGCCAAUGCAUUGACCCAUUCUGGACACCUGGUGACUCUCACAGGAUCCCUUGAAAUCCAAGCUAGACAACCUAAUGUCGCAGACCUGGUCAUGGUUAUCAUAGAUUAUGAGAACCGCAUUUCGCAACUCGAGCAGGAAAACCAAGAACUCAAACAUAAACUUGACCUACUUGAA